UCUGUCUCCCUGUCUGUGUCCCUGUCUGUGUCUCUGCACCAAAUGCCCGGGUUCCUCUCGGGCUGAAUAUCACACAAAGUGAAGUGUGAGUGAGUGAGUGUGUGAGUGAGUGUGUGAGUGAGUGAGUGUGGGGGGAUAUGGGCAACUCGUGUGUCAGUAAAUCGGAUCUGGAUGUAGACGAGAGGGCGCUUCCCUCCGCGGGAUCCGAGAGGCAGCAGAGAUUGAGAGAUCCCUUCAGACCCCCGAGGAGAGGGAGAGGUCCACACGAGCCCAGGAGGAAGAAGAAGACUGUGGACAACCUGAUCCUGGACACCCUGACCAUCAUCAGGACACUGGUGGACAAUGACCAGGAACCACCCUAUACAAUGAUGGUACUACAUGAACUGGCAGAAAAAGAUAGCGGCUGGCUGGAAGUGGUCCUUUCAUUGAUUAACGUCAUCCCUUUGGAAGACCCCCUGGGCCCUGCCGUAAUCACCUUAUUACUGGAUGAAUGCCCACUACCUACCAAAUCCGCUCUACAGAAGUUGAUGAAUACUCUGGGCCUGAAUGGUUUAGUAGCCAGGGAGGAUCCAGCCAAUCCAGCACGCCAUCGGAACACCGUCGCUGUACUGGGCUGCCUUGCUGAGAAGCUGUCAGGUCCCCCGAGUGUAAGUUUGUUGACACCAGAGACCCUGGACUAUCUGCUGGAGAACCUGAGUCUCCAGUCACAUCCAGCCACCAUGCUGUUUUCACUUAUUGCACUGGAAAAGUUUGGCCAAACAAGCGAGAACAAGAAAAUGAUCUGCCAGUCAAGAAUCUGUGACCAGCUGAAGCUGUUGGAAACGUGGGCCAAUCACAAGGAUUACCUAAAGAGACAAGUGGGAUUCUGUGCCCAGUGGUGUCUUGAUAAUCUCUUUGUGAAAGAAGGGCGAAUAUUUACAUAUGAGAGGGUGGAUCUCACCAGCAUUAAUGCCAUGUUGAAUAGCAAAGACGUCAGUGAAUACCUCAAGAUUUCAGCUGCUGGCCUUGAGGCACGUUGUGACGCCUCGUCAUUUGAGAGUGUUCGUUGCACAUACUGCGUCUAUUCUGGGGUCUGGUACUACGAGGUCACAGUCAUCACCUCUGGGGUCAUGCAGAUCGGAUGGGCUACAAAAGACAGCAAAUUUCUUACCCACGAAGGAUAUGGCAUUGGAGAUGAUGAGUACUCUUGUGCCUACGAUGGCUGUCGACAGUUGAUAUGGUACAACGCCAAAAGCAAGAUCCAUUUUCACUCCUGCUGGAAGGAGGGUGACACGGUUGGGUUUCUGUUGGAUCUGAAUAAGAAAGUUUUGAUAUUUUACUUGAAUGGACAGCCUCUCCCACCUGAAAAACAAGUGUUUUCUUCAGCAACGUCUGGCUUUUUUGCAGCUGGUAGUUUCAUGUCCUUUCAACAAUGCGAGUUCAACUUUGGAGCAAAGCCUUUCAGAUACUCUCCUCCUGUUAAAUUCUGCACCUUUAACCAGCAGGCAAAACUGGAAGCGAGCGAAAAGAUCAUACUACCCAGACACAAGCGACUGGCUUUGAUGCAGAAUAUCAGUAUUGCAGACAAUGCCUGCACCCUCUGCUGCAACGAUCCUGCCAACACUGAGUUAAGGCCAUGUGGACACAGAGAGAUUUGCAUGUCUUGUGCCUUGCAACUUCAGAUAUGCCCAAUGUGUCGUUCCGUUAUAAAGACUAGGAUUCGAAUCACCACAGCUGGCUGAGGGCCACUGCUUUUUCUUUUCAAGUGUUUCAGCGAUCUCCAUGGAAGGUUUAUAAAUCUAUUUUCAACAGCACUAACUUCACAACUGCAAUAUGCCAAAAGACCAGAAAGCUAUAUUCUUUGCAAAAAUAUUCACCACAAGUUAGCUUUUGUUAGUUUGUAACUGAUAAUGAUAAAUCUCAACUAAAUCUAAUUUACGAUGAUGUGAUUCCUGAAAUUUCAUUGUCAACAUUGGUUGAUCUUCGUACUUGUCCAUUGGUGUAAUGAUGCUGUUGCUAGAAAUUGGUACAAAUGCCACAAGAUCUUUAAGGCAUUUCAGUUUUAUAUUGAGAAGAGUUGAUGUAACUCAGGACAGGAAGCACCUGUGCACUUCUUAUGCUAAAUAACUAACCUUGUUGCAAUAAACGUUUUUGCAAAAAAAACAAUGAUAGACUAUCUGUCUUGAUAAGAUCAUCCUGACUAUUCAAAUGACAUUAUUCCAGAGAACAUAUCUCAGACAGGUAACAUCAUAUGGCUUCAAAUGGAUGAUAGCACCUCAGAAGAACUAACUCCCACUGGACAAUGUCCCUUUAAUUAUAAUUUUUCAGCAUUACAUCUAAAGGGGUUUAUUCUUGGGGUCAAAUCCCAUGAUAAGCACAUAUUACAAAGGGUGAAUACAUUUACCAAGCUGACAUUUGGCUCUGUCUCUAAUUUAUAUCAAAUAUCCAUCUCAAAGGUCAAUCACAACAUUCUCAAGCCUCCCUGAAAUCUGCCUGUGUGGUCACAUGUGGCCCUGUAUUUUCACUGUCCCCUGAUAGUUACAUUGGCUCCCUGGCUCUCAGGAACGUGUAGCCGUCAAACUCAGGCUCCACCACACAAGUGGAGGGUUGACAAUGAUUGAAUUCCAGGCUUCCUGAUCUAAAUGGGAACAUCUCGAUCACCUAAGUCACGGCAAGGAGAAAGGCCUCUUGACCUAUAUAUCAGGAAUAGAUCAUAAGAUAGGUUCAGAAGAAGAAACCCUUCAGCCCAUUUGAUCACAUCCUUCCAGAAUGCCAAACCUACUAUCUUCCCAAUAGAGUAUCAAACUAUUUCUGAAUUUGGUACAGUCCUAGCCUCAACCACCAUUCCUGGUAACCAUUUCCAGCUGUUAAUGACCCUUUGUGUGAAAAAUAUGCUAUCUGUCAUAAUGAUCUGGACUAACAACUCAAUGGCAACUGAGACUACUCACCCAUCCAGAUUAAACUAUUGCCACUAUGAUGUUGGUUUUCAAAGGGAUAAAUUAGAGUUGUAAUCAUGCGUUAUAAAGGAAGGCACAGAACUAUACUACAGUCCCUAUCUAUAGCCCAGACAAGGACGUUUUGAUUUCUAUAUCCUUUUAUUAAAGGUAGGAUGUUCACCUGCUAUAAGUUCACCUGCUCAGUACCCACCGUAUGAUCCAAUUGGAAUAGGUUAUAAAUUAAAUUUGGAAAAACUGAAAGAUAAAAUAUCAUGAAAUUGAGAUAAAGGUGUUUUUCAUUGGGUACAUGAGGCUAUUAUCUCUCCGUCAUGUAACCAGCCUGUGACAUGAAGCAUUGCUGAGAAGGAAUUUCUCAACUUGAUAAGAACUGGUCUACAACUGAGGCAAUAUUAAUACAAAUACGAUAAAGUUACAUUUGUGUAGCGCCUUUCAUGUUGGGAGGAUGUCUCAAGGUGCUAAUAUUAAGGUAUAACUGGGUCAAUAUCUAGAACCGGGAUAGUGAGUUUAGACCAAACAUUUAUUUUUGCUAUUGUACAUACCGUACCGACAGUUUUUAUUAAAAAUCUACCUUUUUUUUACAAAUAUUCCCAAAAUAGAAACAACAAUAUUUACAACAGUACUUUGUCCUUAGUGGCACCAAAGCCUGCUAUAAGGCGGUAAGAUGAAACAACCCAAAGCAUGGAUUGUACGUGACAGAAGAACUUGGAGGAUACUAGUUGUGAGAGCUCCUCUCUCAAACUUGGGCACGAGCAAGAAGUCCCAGAAAGAGUUUUUGAUACUGCACACACACAAAAUACCCUGAUUCAACAUUCUAAGUUUAAGUCAAAUUGAGUUAUGGUUUCCUCCUUCA